CUCCCACCUCUCCUGCCUAAAGAAAUCAUGUAGUUCCCAAAGCCUGCCCCAGGUCUUCUUCCGGACUUUGCUUUCUACCCUGCACAAGCACCUGGUCUAUUGCUCGAGAGCUGAGAAUUCAACACACGCUCUGACGGCUCAUCCACUAGUAUUUUUCAUCUGUAAAAAGAGAACAAAUGGACUGAAACAUACUCAUGCUCACUCGUUGCGCCGAUCAAUCAUCUCUUGUGGAACUUAUCCACCUAUCAGACUGACGGGAAAGGACAAGAUAAAGAUUGGAGUUCAAAAUACAGGCAAACACGGCCGAGCCAAAAGAAAGGACAACCUUCCCCCAACAGAGCAAACAUAGCUGGGAGAGCGGCAGCAUAUACGGAAAUCUUGGUGGAGUUUUCCUGGGCUUUUUACAAUGUUAAGGAUUUGUCUCUUCUUGGUUGCCUUCUGCCAUGUUGUGGUCAGCGAUGUUGUCCAACUGCAAAAAAUGUAUGGGAGGAUUGCGUCUCCUGACUUUCCGAACGUUUACCCCAACAGCAAGGAGAGGACGUGGAAUAUCACCAUGCCCCAGGGUUACACCAUCCGCAUCUACUUCACCCACUUCAACCUCGAGUUGUCUUACCAGUGUGAAUACGACUAUGUGAAGAUGCAGUCUGGAGGGGAGGUCUUGGCCACUCUGUGUGGUCAUGAGAGCACCGACACGGAGGAAGCCCCGGGGGACAAGACGUUCCACUCGCUUGACAACAACCUCGCAGUGACCUUCCGAUCGGACUACUCCAAUGAAAAGGGGUUCACAGGCUUUGAGGCUUUCUACUCUGCUGAAGAUAUUGAUGAGUGUCAACAGCGAAUCGACAAUGAACCAAUUUGUGACCAUUAUUGCCACAAUUACCUGGGUGGUUUUUAUUGCAGUUGUCAUAUCGGCUACGUGCUGCACAAAAACAAGAGGACUUGCACAGCUGACUGUCCCAAAAAGUUACUGACAGAAAGAUCCGGAGAAAUCUCCAGUCCAAAUUACCCCAAACCGUAUCCCAAACUCUCCUUCUGCAGUUAUACCAUUCAAGUGGAAGAGGGCUUCAUGAUCAUUCUGGAAUUUGUGGGGAAAUUUGAAAUUGAAACCCACCCGGAAGUACCAUGCCCUUAUGACAUCCUCAAGUUCAAAACACCCAAGGAAGAAUAUGGUCCGUUCUGUGGGGAUACUCUCCCUCCAAAGAUUGAAACCCGCAGCCAUGUCGUGGAUAUCCUGUUCACCACAGAUUCGUCUGGAGCUCAUGCUGGAUGGAAAAUCAAAUACACAACUACAGCUUUGCCGUGCCCCAUACCUCAAGCGCCACCCCAUGGACAGAUUCAUCCAGUACAAGCACAAUAUAUCAUGAAAGACUCCUAUAGUCUCUCCUGCAGUGUUGGCUACGCACUUUUGGAAAAUGAGCUGAUUGUGAAAUCCUUCACAGCAACGUGUCAAAAGGAUGGAUCCUGGAACAAGCCAAUGGCUCAGUGCACCAUUGUUGACUGCGGGCCACCAGAGGACACAGCGAAUGGCACAGUUGUGUACGUCACACAAGUCAAAGUUAACGUCUACCAAGCCGAGAUUGAAUACAGAUGCAAGGAUUCCUUCUAUGCUCUAAGAACAGGAAGUUCUGGUCACUACAGGUGUACCCAUGAUGGCUACUGGAGAGAUUCCAAUGGAGAGCAAGCACCUGCUAUUUGUGAACCAGUCUGUGGUGUCCAACACGUGAAGCCUCUGAGACGCAUAUAUGGUGGAAAGAGGGCAAGGCACGGACAGUUCCCUUGGCAAGUUCUGAUAACCGAUGCACAAGGAGUAACAGGGGGCGGUGCCCUUUUGUACGACAACUGGAUUUUAACAGCAGCGCAUGUCGUCACUGAUCCAGCAGAUGCCUCUUCCUUGACCCUGAAAAUGGGUCUGGUGAACAAACGAGCCACUAAUCACCAGCAGGCUGAGGCAGAAUCUGCCUUUGUUCACGAAGGGUACAGGAACGAUGGCUUCAACUUCAACCACGAUAUUGCUUUGAUUAAACUGAAGUACAAAGUUCCCAUUAAUGCAAAUGUCACUCCCAUUUGCUUGCCAGAAAGAGAAAGCAGAUUCAACCUGAACAUCAGUGAUACCGGAUUAGUAGCUGGCUGGGGAAAAACAGAGAAGGAGAGGCCUUCCCUUUUCCUGCUGUAUACAGAGCUAGAUGUUGUUGACCCAGAAAAGUGCAGAGCAGCAUAUGCAAACCUAAGUAUGGAUGGAAAGCCCCUUGUAGUGACAGAAAACAUGUUUUGUGCAGGAUAUGACCAAGGGGGAAAAGAUUCCUGCAAUGGAGACAGCGGCGGAGCGUUAGCUUUCUUUGAUCUUCAAAUGAGGAAGUGGUUUGUGGGUGGUAUUGUUUCCUGGGGUAUGCAAUGUGGUGCGGCAAACAUGUACGGUGUGUACACAAAAGUGGCCAACUACAUCUCAUGGAUUGAAAACAUAAUUGUACAUAAUUCUUGAUUGUGACUUGUAGGAUGCUCCAUUUCAAUAAAGAGCAUUCAAAGCC